CACUGGCUGGUUGCCGUCAAACGCGCACUAGAUUUUGCGGGCUUUAACUGCAUUUUAUUCAUUUUAUUCGAUUCGAUCCGGCCCACAACCUAAUGAGUCAACUACAGUGCAGCGGCAACUCAACGAUGGCAUUUUUCUUACCGUGAAUCGCGUCUAACCAAGAUCUGUGUUGUGGUUUAUGUGUUGGUACCAAAAUUAGUGGCAAUUUGUUGUAGAAAUGUUGUGCUUCAGUGUGUGUGUUGAUAAUAAGUGCAAUACGCAAAAGUAAGAACAUUGGGCCAAACGCAUAAAAUUUGAGCCUGUGAGGCAGUCAACUCAAGUCGCGGGAGUACAGACAGAACCCUUCCUUCCAGUUGGCUUGCUUGUCGAACAUGGAUAACGAACAGCCCCAUCAAGAGCUGGUUAAGUGCGUACUGGUGGGAGACACAGCAGUGGGUAAGACGCGACUUAUCUGUGCACGAGCCUGCAACAAGCAUGUUUCGCUCUCGCAGCUGCUUUCCACGCAUGUACCAACCGUGUGGGCGAUCGAUCAGUAUCGCAUAUACAAAGACGUACUUGAAAGGUCAUGGGAGGUGGUCGAUGGAGUGAAUGUUUCGCUGCGACUGUGGGACACAUUUGGCGAUCAUGACAAAGACCGACGGUUUGCUUACGGACGAUCCGAUGUGGUGCUGCUGUGCUUCUCCAUUGCGAGUCCCAUUUCAUUGCGAAACUGCAAGGUUAUGUGGUAUCCGGAAAUUCGACGCUUCUGUCCCGAUGUGCCCGUAAUACUUGUGGGCUGCAAGAACGAUCUUCGCUACAUGUACCGCGAUGAGAAUUAUCUCUCAUAUUUUGGUGAAAAGGGAACCUUUGUAAGGGCUGCUCUAAAGAGCGAUCUGGUCAUGCCGGACGAGGCGCGUGCUGUGGCCAAGGAGCUGGGCGUUGCCUACUACGAGACCAGUGUCUUUACGUACUUUGGCGUCAAUGAAGUGUUUGAGAACGCCAUCCGUUCGGCGUUAAUUGCCCGACGGCAGCAGCGGUUCUGGAUGACGAACCUGAAGAAGGUGCAGAAACCCCUGCUGCAGGCACCAUUUCGGCCACCAAAACCGCCGCCACCAGAGGUCACCGUCAUGGUGGGACACUACAGGCAGGACAUCUACAACAUGUUCCUGUCGCAAGCCUACACAGACCUCAUUCUGGUAGUGGCAGGUGGCACAAAGUUUGCCGUGCAUCGGUUUAUGCUAUCUGCGGCCUCCAGCACAUUCCAGCGUCUCCUGAGCACAGAGCUGAGCGACAUGGGCGGUCGCAGCAGCAGCGAGUCCAGUAUGGUCAGCUCAACGUUCGGUGAGGCGACCAUAGCGGACUUUAACGAUGACACGGAAUCUCUUAUACGCUACGAGUCCCGUACACAGCGCAUGUGGGAACACUUGAAGCGACGCUCUAGCUAUCAGGCCUUGCCGCUGGUAGAGUCAAAGCAUUCCAAUGAUCUGUACAGAGAGCUGCACCAUCCUGUGCUGCAGAGCAUACGCCUGAUGCAGGUGGAGAAUCAGCGUGGCGUGAAUGGACUGCAAACAAUUGUGACACUCAGCAAACUCAUCUCGCCCCAGGCACUGUACCAAUGCCUCAGAUUUAUAUACACGGGCACCAUUGACAAGGGCUGCAACAAUCUGCAGGAAAUAAGGGAUGCUGCCGAUCUGUUAGAACUGCCGCAACUGACGCAACUUUUGUCCAAGCCACAAACUGUUAUGGACAGCUCCUCCAGUGAUGAUCCAAAUCCGCACAUUUGUCUUCGCAUCAAAGAAAGUCUAGAGCGUCAUUGCAUUGGUGAUGGCUGCUUCAGCGAUGUCACCUUCGAGUUGGAUGAUGGUUUAAUGAAGGCACACCGAGCUGUGCUGGUUGGACGUUGCGACGUGAUGCGCGCCAUGCUGUUGGGUGACUUUCGCGAAGCCCAUUCCAAUGUGAUCGUAUUCCCUGGCGUUACAAUCUACACAUUCCAUAAGCUACUGUGCUAUCUGUAUACUGAUCAGAUUCCACCCAUUUCGGCCGUCAAAUGUCUCAAUCUGCUAGAGCUAGCCAACCGAUUAUGCCUGCCGCGUCUGCUCAAUUUAGUUGAGUGCCGAGUCAUCGAGGAUCUCACAUUAAUUUCACAGAACGAAACUAAUGAGACAGUGGAUCAUUGCCUAAAGUUGCUGGAGCCUGUAAAGCUGCACAACGCACAUCAGUUGGCUGAAUGGUGCAUGUCGUAUCUGUGCGUCAAUUACAACAUUAUUUGUAAGUUCUCACUGAAGGGCCUGAAGGCGCUGCAUCAGGAUAAUCAAGAAUAUUUGCGGGAACAUCGCUGGCCUCCCGUGUGGUAUCUAAAGGAUUACGACUACUAUCAGCGCUGUUUAAACGAGCUGAGCAAGGAAGUGAAGCUAAAGAGCUCGCGCCGUGACUCGCCCAGCGACGACGAGGGCUGUCUGUGCUUUACAGGAGUGUUCUCUUGCUGGCUGCUAGGUAAAUCGAAGCGGGGUACGGGCGCAGACAUUAGCGGGACCACAGCGGGGCCAACGGGCAACAACAGCACAUCCGAUAAUCAAAUCUUCAAUAGCACGGCUAACUCGAUGAAUCACAUUGAUCUUGAGGCUGACAUGGAUCUGAAUCUCUGACACCCAGCCUUAGGGCAAGGAAGAUCACUGCGUUUUAUUGUCAUCCUGCCGGUACUGAUUUGCUUUAUCUGUACGAUUUUAAGUAUUUUGAUACUUUUCCAAAUCCACACAUAACAAACCCUAUGGGACAGGGACUGGGACUGGGAAUGGCGUGUCUGCAAUACAUAGGAGCGCAAAUUUGCCUUAGUGAUUAUUAGAUUUAUACAUAUAUAAGUACAUAUGUAUAUAUAUAUGUAGAUAUAUAUAUAUAUAUAUAUAUAAAGGCCGAACCAGAACAAAGAAGCAUUUUGAAAAGUGCUUGAUUUCUUAUAUUUAUACGCCUAUACAUAUAUGUAUGUAAAAUGCAAAUGCAAAGCAUGGUACAUGAACAUGCACCUCGGGCGAUGCGAAGCAUUUCGCUUUAUUGCCUUACAAUAUAUUGGAUGUACACUUUUCUCGUUCUGUAUCUGAUACUAUAAUGGAUAGGAAUAAGACAUACCUAGUGCAUGUAUGUCGCGUGUAUUUUCGAAUUCCUACUUGUGGAAACAUUUGUCUAGCCAUAGCCAUAAGCCAUAGUCUAUGAUAAGGAUGCAUUUUGUACAGAAUGAAUAUAGAAUAAAGCAAAUUAUAAACGUAAA